AUGGGAAACUGCAUUGAUGUUCUGUGCUAUUCAUCUGCAGAGAAGAGCAAAGUUCUCAUCCAUAAUGGAGGAGAAAAGGAGUUUAAAGCCUCAACCAGGAUUAGAAAGAUCACGUCCGGGCGUUACUGUGGCCAUAUGUUGGUGCACAGUGCUCUACCUUACGCACCAUUGCCGCCUGAAACCAGGCUUGAACCUGGGGAAGUUUAUUACCUUGUGCCUCCCCUUGAUCAGCCUUGUAGACUUGAGGUUUCUUCGAAAUUGGCAGGACAAGAAACUUGUACUGGGAGGAAAGUGAAGAUUGUUGUGACUAGACAGCAGUUGGAAUUGCUGCUAAGAAGUUCAAAGCAGUUGAAGUCGAAAGGAAUCACUGUCCGAAUCUCCGAAAGUUUUAAGGAAGGAGAUCGAAAAUGGCAGCCUACUUUAGUUACCAUUCCAGAGAUUACUACCUGCUCUCUGCGGUUAGCUCAGGUGCUAGGGGGUGGAGAUUCAGUUGCAGAUUUGUUAAUGUAUAAUGUUUGA